AUGUCAUAUUUUGUGAUUCCAUGUCCUUCUUGGAAUCUUCCUCAGAUCGUUUCGUUGUUUACAUCUUUUCUGCCCGUGCCCGGUGCCCCGGUCUUGGCAGGGAGUCAGACACAAUCUGCGUGGCAAGUACCUUGCUCUUCAGCAGUCGAUCUGCUUUCUGCUUUGGCCUACUUCUUGAAUGAGCGCCAAGCCCAGGAUUUUGCAGACAAGCUUGCAGAGGUUUCCCCUGUUGCUCAGAAUGGCGCUGCCAGCUCGAUGUUUGCAUUUCUGGCGGGAUAUGCCGGACAUUGCCUUGAACACGGCAAGAAGUCACCGAAUGCUUAUUUGCGCCUGGAUCCGUCCAAGGGUGCCAAUGACAAUGUCUUGGAAUUGGUCGUGAGAACAUCCAAUCAGCACAUCGGCCUACUUCAAAUGGCUCACAUGCAGGGCAUCGCUGAGAAAGCACUUAUCACAUUGAACUUUGGGGCCCCCUACAGAUUCGGGUCUGCUGAGCCCGACGGCAAGAGGAUGAAGCAACAGUCUCUAUCCUUCCCCGUCGCCGCGAAGAAUGCCGUAGCCACCGUGACCGAAGCUCCUACUAUUGCCCCACCAUUGCCUCCACAUGAGACCAAGACCAUCGAGAAGAAGGAUGUGGUCACGCCGGAGAAGAAGGAUGUGGUCAGUGUAGAGGCACUGCCCACCCCUCCCAAGGAACCAGAGGUCAAAGAGACCAAGGCGUUUUUUUCCGACGACAACGUGGCUGGCAAGAAGAUCGUGUGGAAGUUUGAGGAUGGCAAAAUGUCCAUGCGCUGCACUGAAGAUGCUGAGCAUGGAACGAAGGUCGGUGGCAUCUUCUCUUUCGCCCUCACAGAGCCCUAUGUGCACCAAGUGUCAUUGUUGGAAGGGAAGACUGCGUCGGCCUUGAUGACGGUGGCCGAAGCGAUCCAAAAGACCGGUGUCAAGAAAAUUCAGUCCCAUGGUGGGUGGUCCUCGGAGAAGCCCCCGGCGACAUUGACGGCACCGGCGGCAGCGCAAGGUUUCCAACCAAGUGACGAAGGGCAGUGCGAAUUACUCAAGAUGGCGCUGAACAUGGGACAGGUGUCUUGGCCUUCUUGCUUUGCAAUGUUUGCCUGA